AUGGAAUCACAACGCUUCUACUAUGCGAGUUUCCCUGCAAGCCUCGACGGAUGGCUAGAGCAGCUGCCCGAUGCAGACACAAGAUCAGCGCUGCGGGAGGUAUUUUACUCCGCCUACCGAGAGGUGGACAAGGAGCGUGCUGAAGCUGAAGUGGCAAAAGAAGGUCACCAAAGCGAGAUCAAAAGGCUUGAGGCAGAGAGGAAGGCACUCAGAGAUGUGAAGGCCAAGCUCGAUGCCCUGACAGGAGGAUUUACCUCUCGGCUGGCAGGCCUCACUGAACAGAUGAGCAAGUCAUCUGGUGAUGUGACAGCCUCCCAACCCACUGUCGAAGAGACUCUCCAGGCCAUCAAUGAUGCGUCUGGGAGCGAAAACACGCAAGAGUCGGUGCGUCUGUUCAGUGAAGAUCUCACUGGCAGAUUCGAAACUGUCUCUGCGUCAGUCCGGGCUGUUGUCGAUACCGUAAAUCAAUUCCAGGUCUUUGCAAGGAACGUCCAACUCAGCAAUGAGUUGAACGAUACCCAACGCGCUUUGGAUCAAGAGGCCAACAAGACAAGGAAUGAAUUAUCACUUGCCCAAGUCGAACUUCGCCUCUUGAAACAUCGCAAAGAUGCUGCAAUCCUACAACUUCAAGAGUCUCAAAAAGACCUUAGAGUUAGGUUGAGCAAAGCGACUCGAGAUCUUGAGCAAGCCCAGCCAAAGCUGCAGCAGGUUGAAGGCGACGCAAGAGAUCUCGAGAUCGUCACAACCCAGUUGAACGUUGUUCGGGCAACAGUCGAUGACCUGAGAGGUAAACUCGCCCAAGCGGAGAGGGUCCAUCAAGACUGUGCUGGCAAGUUGGCUGAGGUACAUGGAAGUCUCGGUGAAAGUGUCAUGGUUAAGCAACGCCUAGAGCGGGAUUACCACAACACUGUCAUGGAGCUAAGCUGUCUCCAAUCCCAUAAAAUCCAAACGCUCCAGCAGCGAUCGGAAGACCAACGGGCUACCGAGAGAAGAGAGCUCAUGGCUCAGCUAGCUGACGCGCGAUCCCGGGAGACUGAAGCUCUCAACAGCCAACUCAAAGAGCUUGCCGACAAGACCUCUCUGGUCGAAAGUCACAAGCGUGAGGCCGAUACUCUGAGAAUGGCGCUUGAAAAGGCCAAGUCUGAGUUGGCCGAUGCGGAAGCCGACAUCGAGGAUACUGAGAAAGAGCUGAACCAAGUCCAAUCUCAACAUAGCCAAAGUAAUGUCCUCGUUGGAAGCUUACAAACACAGCUCCAAAGCGCCACCGAGAAAUUGGAGGCCCAGGAUGCUCGUGCUGCAGCUCACCAUGUCUUCUUACUUGAUGAAGGAGAGAUUGGGAGCAUUUCCAAGGUCCUUCUUGAACUUGCAAAUGAGCUUUCUGGCCUGCCUGUCAUUCCCGCCCAGGAAGACAAGCGGCUGCUUCAAGUUGUUGUUAACAUUGAACCUAUGCUUCAUGACUACUCUGUAAUAGAUGCCUUGAUGGGAUUCCUAGAGUCUGACCCUCAAGGCUGGUAUUGCCUGACGGGGAUUAUAUCCAGAAAGUCAAAGGACAUUAGCCUAGCGCUAGAGGCAAUGAGCUAUAUGUACCAGGAUAAUACAGCUCUGGAAUAUGAGUCUCUAGGUGAUGAGACAGUUUGUCGCGAUCACGACAACUGCAUUCUUGUCCGUGCGGUUGGGGAGGAGGAGUCUUUGGCUUUGGAGUUUUUCAACAUCUAA